AUGGAUAUCUCCUCGGACCCGACGUCCAGACGCCCGGACGCGCGUGAACGAUGCCGCGAGGUCGAGCGCGGGAGACGGCGACGACGUGAACGCCGAGCGCGCGGAGGGAGACGGUUCGGGACGAUGCUGCGCGGUGAUGCGGUGACGCCCGCGCGAUGGGUCCGCGGACACGGCGGGCGGUGGACGGAGGGGCGUCGGACGCGGAGGUCACGGAUGGUCGCGCCGAAGGCGCGAUCGAGGAGCGCGGAGGCGGAGGAGGGCGAGGUGGUGUCCGUGGAGACGUCGGCGUCGAGCGCGAGCGAGGCGAAGGAUGAUGGAGAGAGGACGAGGAGCGAAGAGACGACGCCAGAGGAUGAGCUCUUGAGACGGAUCGAGGCGCGACGGGAGGCGAUGUUUCGGCGACGCGGUGGACUUCGGACGCGGGAGCGAAUGAAUGAUAUCGUGAGUGACGAUUUUGACGAUUCCGCGGCGCGCUCGGGGGGGAAGGGCGAGCGGGAGGGGUCGGAGACGCCAACAACGUCAGGUCAGCCUGACGAGAGCGCCGUCGAGACAGAGCGAGAGGACGAGCCCACGAUCGAGCUCGAUGCUUGGAAGAAGAAGCGCGAGGAAACAGGCGUUGGUCGACCGCCUAAAUUGCGCAAGCAAGCGACGGAGCUCGUGUUCGUGUUCGAGCGCCCGGGCGAGGGGUGGGGCGAGCAGAUUUUGCCAAAUAUCUCGGCGAAACGGCGCGUCGUGGACACGCGCGCGCCUCAAAAGGCGCUCACCGUGGGCGAAGAGUACUUGAUCGAGGAGAUAGGUCUAACGCAAGACGAUGUGGUCUCUGCAACGAGCGCGGCAGCGGCGUGGCGCACGACGAAGAAGGGUCGAGCUCUUGUCGAUAAGCGACGACUUCGAUUCGCGCAGAAGAACAUUCUGCCCUUCGUGCAGGUCCUCUUCGACCUCGGCGCUGGCAAGGAAGACGUGGCUCUCAUCCUGCGACAGUUUCCAAUUCUACUAUCUCUCGAAUGUGACAUACGUUGGAAUCUGAGCGUGUUCGAGUACGCCGUGCGUCAGAAGACUGAAACCGGAGGCAGAAAGGGACCGAUUCGCGCCAAGGACUGGCCGGGGCGGUCACCGAAAAGCUUGAAGGAGAAGGACCAGUACAUACGCGCUUGGAUAACCGAGCAACGAGAUCUGCGGAAGCAAGGUCAGCUUACGCCGGAGCAGAUGUACCUACUCGAUUACAUCGGAUUCGACGCCGAGAAAUACAAGACAAAGUACGAGACGUCGAGGGCGAAGCGGUGGGACACGUCAUUUGAGGAGCUCAUCUCAUUCCAGAUGGCGUCCGGGGAGACAAAUCCGCCAUACGAACCUGGUAUGACCGGUCUCGGCGCUUGGCUAGAAGAGCAGCGCGAGCUUUAUCGUCGAGGUGAACUGGAUGAGACGAAAGCGAAGCGCCUGCGCGCUCAAGGUGUCGCGUUGGACUCCAAUGAAGCGCUUGAGGCGGCAAAGAGGUUGGCGAAUACGGGCAUUCGCGAUGUGACGGUCGAGCCGAUCGAAACGACGCUCAUGAAUACUGAGUUUACUCAAUCUGCCAUCGAGCUUCGCUCAUUCCUCGACGAAAACGGGCCUUUUGCCGAACCACAAAUCGGUUCUCCACUCGGAGUUUGGUUGAUGAAGACUCGAGUGCGCAUUCGAGACGGUAACCUCAGUGAGGAAGAUAUGAAGGUUUUGGACGAGCUUGACAUCAACAUCACGUACAUUCCUGAGAGUUGGAUCUCCAUGCUCAACACUUAUGCUGAUCUCAAGGCUCGACGCUCGAAUUUCCUCGGGGUGGACAUCUCGAGAGUACAGGCAUGGCAAGUGGAACAGGCCGAACUCAUGAAACGUAACGAUGGAUCGUUGUCGCAGGCGCAAAUGGACCGCUUCCGAGCAGUCAGUAGAUCUACCGGUAUAUCAGGUUUCGCUUCCAACGCGGCUCGCGCUGUUCGCGAAGAACGAGCUAAGGAGUUUGCUGAAUUCGAGGCGCGCGUCGCCGCUCGAAAGGCGAGACUUGAGAAGUUACAGCAGCUCAAGCUCAACUCCAUCGAUGAAGACGAAGAAUAG